CUCGCGAGAGGCCGGCCCGCGAUCUCGUCGCUCCCCCUCCCUGCCUACGGCCUCCCGGGCUCCCGCUGCAGCGUCAGCCUCGGACGGGCCUCCUCUGCGGAGGCGGCGGCUCCUCGGCCUCAGCCCCGGCGCCCCUCGGCGCCCCUCGGCCCGGGUCCUCAGCGACGCCCUCACUCGUCGCCCCGGCGCCCGGCUAGGCCGCGGCCGCAGCCCCGGGCUCGCAUCGGCGCCGCCCUCCCGGCCCGCCCCCUAUGGGCCCCGGUUAGAGGUGCCGCCGCCGCCGGCCCGCGGAGCCCCGAUGCUGGCCCGGAGGAAGCCGGUGCUGCCGGCGCUCACUAUCAACCCCGCCAUCGCCGAGGGCCCGUCCCCCACCAGCGAGGGCGCCUCCGAAGCAAACUUGGUGGACCUCCAAAAGAAGCUAGCGGAGCUAGAACUCGACGAGCAGCAGAAGAAGCGACUGGAAGCCUUCCUCACCCAGAAGGCCAAGGUUGGGGAGCUCAAGGACGAUGACUUCGAACGGAUCUCGGAGCUGGGAGCCGGGAACGGCGGGGUGGUCACCAAGGUCCAGCACAGACCUUCCGGCCUCAUCAUGGCAAGAAAGCUGAUCCACCUGGAAAUCAAGCCGGCUAUCCGGAACCAGAUCAUCCGCGAGCUGCAGGUGCUGCACGAGUGUAACUCGCCGUACAUCGUGGGUUUCUACGGGGCCUUCUACAGCGACGGCGAGAUCAGCAUCUGCAUGGAGCACAUGGACGGCGGCUCUCUGGACCAGGUGUUGAAAGAAGCCAAGAGAAUUCCCGAGGAGAUCCUGGGGAAGGUCAGCAUUGCGGUUCUCCGGGGUUUGGCGUAUCUCCGGGAAAAGCACCAGAUCAUGCACCGAGAUGUGAAACCUUCCAACAUCCUCGUCAACUCCCGAGGGGAGAUUAAGCUGUGCGAUUUUGGGGUGAGCGGACAGCUCAUCGACUCCAUGGCCAACUCCUUCGUGGGAACUCGGUCCUACAUGUCUCCAGAGCGGUUGCAGGGCACUCACUACUCUGUGCAGUCGGACAUCUGGAGCAUGGGCCUGUCCCUGGUGGAGCUGUCCAUCGGAAGGUACCCCAUCCCCCCGCCGGACGCCAAGGAGCUAGAGGCCAUAUUUGGCCGGCCCGUGGUGGACGGGGUAGAAGGAGAGCCUCACAGCAUCUCACCACGGCCGAGACCCCCUGGACGCCCCAUCAGCGGUCACGGGACGGACAGCCGGCCGGCCAUGGCCAUCUUCGAGCUGCUGGACUAUAUCGUGAACGAGCCACCUCCCAAGCUGCCCAGUGGCGUCUUCACCCAGGACUUCCAGGAGUUUGUAAAUAAAUGCCUAAUAAAGAACCCAGCAGAGCGAGCGGAUCUGAAGAUGCUCAUGAGCCACACCUUCAUCAAGCGGUCCGAGACGGAAGAAGUGGAUUUUGCCGGCUGGUUGUGUAACACGCUGCGGCUGAACCAGCCCAGCACGCCCACGCGCGCUGCCGUGUGAUGGGGUCCUGCGGGUGACCUGCCCGCCGUUCCACCCGCGCCCCGCCCCUCCCGCCCAGGACAGGCCCGCGCCGCCUCUCCCCCGGCCCGCCUCUCCCUCCGCCUUCCGCGGAGCCGCCCGCAUACCCCGCGGUGGACACUGAGCCUCGCUACCGCCUGUCCCAGCCGGUGUGGCCUCCGGUCCCCAGGGAGGGUGACGCUGCUCGCGGGGUCUUCUCAGACCUGCUUCUUAGGUUUAAAACAAAACAGGGAAAGAAAAAGCAAACUGUGCCCAUU